GAUUGUUUCUGCUUCUGUCAGUCAAAGAAAAUUGUCAAGUUGAGUUAAAUAUUGUAGCUUUAAAAUAAUAUAAAAUCAUAUAAUCUUUGUAAUUUGAAGAAGAAUAAAAAGUUUUUACUUAUAAAUAAUUUAUAAUAUUUGGUGCGAAGACCAUGUUGCUUUGUUCAGAAGAAACGCUUUGAAUGGGACGUGAACGCGAUGAGUUCGAAACAAACAAUUUAUCAUGAAAAACAGGUUAAAGAGUUGUGCGCUUUACACGCACUUAACAAUUUAUUCCAGAUGCGCGCAACAUAUUCAAAGUCUGAGUUAGAUGCAAUAUGCAGCAGGCUGUCCCCCAAUGUGUGGAUCAAUCCACACCGGUCCAUGCUGGGGCUGGGCAACUAUGACAUCAAUGUGAUAAUGGCAGCUCUACAGAAGAAGGGCUGUGAGGCUGUCUGGUUUGAUAAGAGGAAGGACCCAGGUUGUUUGGAUUUGUCAAACAUCUGUGGUUUCAUACUGAAUGUGCCAUCAGAUUAUAAACUGGGGUUUGUAAUGUUACCACUGCGCCGACGACACUGGAUCACCAUUCGGCAAAUACAGGGCAACUUCUACAACCUUGACUCUAAGCUUGAAACACCACAGUUAAUUGGAAGGAGCAGUGAUCUAAUAGCAUACCUAAAAGAGCAGCUUGAUAGCAAAGAAAAGGAAUUGUUUGUAGUAGUAAGCAAAGAGGUAGAGGAGAAGCAGCUAUGGAUGCACCAGUACACGGUACAGAACAGCAAGCAGUGUCCACAGAGCACAGGCACGUUGCCGGCUGACAACCAGUGCGACAGUCCCGAGGACAGUGUGUCCUCCCUCUCACACUACGACUACAGAAACCGAGACGCAGAGUGCGUCAGAGUGACAGAUGUGAGGAAUUGUGUUGGCAGUGGAGAAAAUAAUUUUAAUGUGUGACUUUUAAGACUUGGUAAUACUUUCCACAGACUGCUUGUGACAGCAUAGCAAUUUAUAAUGUGUUCACAGAUUUUUCACUGUAUGUGUGGUGUGUAUUGAAAAGAUACUUACAUAAGAAUUGGUGUUGGUUUGCAACUGAUAAGGGAAUAGGCUGUUAAGCCAAAUUGCAGUCUGUUGUUUCAGUACUUAAAUGAGUAUUGUUCUAUUUAUUUUAUUAAUCUAUUUGUUUUUAUAUGCACUUUAUUUUUGUUUUGCACAAAUAAUGUUGAAGAUUGCAGCAUAUUGUUGUUUUUAUUUUAAUAUAUUUUCUUGUUACAUAAGGCCUAAGGUUACAAAUAGUAACAAAUAUAGUAAAUCUAGAUAGAUCUUGCCUUUUACGAUGGUCUUUCUACAGCAAUAUUUCUAAGACUGUAAUAUUAUGUAAGCCAUCCGAUCUUCAUAGCAUUUCCAAACUUUUAGAGGUCUUCAUCUUUUAUAUAAUAAUAAAAUAAUAGCAAUCAAUACAGUGAUAGUUCUGAUAGUAAUUGAUACUAUGCCUGUUGAAUGUUACAAUAUAAUAUCAUGAUAUACUGUUUCAGUACUAUGCCAAAUAUGAUAACCAAACUGUUUGAAUCUAUAAUAUUGAAUAACUUGGCCAAAAUACAUAAUAGAUUAAUGUUGUUACAGAUAUCUUCUAUCUAUAUUUUUUGUUAUUAAUAUUAUUUAUGUGAUAACUUUACAUUCUGGAUGCACUCAACUAAGUUUUAUAUCACAUUUUAUUUUGUUUUACAUCUUCAAAAUAAGUGUCAUCACAUGGGCUCUGUUCACAUACAAACUACAUGAUCAUCAUCACCAUUUCGUGUCAUUAAUAAGGUACUCUAAUGUUCCACAUAAGAAAGAAGUAUGUAAUUCUCAAAUCUGAACAGGGCCUAAUCUUUAAAUCGGUCGCAAGGUGAUAAAUUCCAAGUGGACGAUGAUUAUUUAAAGGUAAUAGCUCACUUCGGCAGCCAGGUAACCAGGCCGCACAGCUUCGCCUCGAGCUGUCGAUAUUCUUUAAAUGGACUUGCGAGAAUGUGACUGUUAAAUAGGUGACCACCAUUGGACAGGACGCUAGUUGACCGAUCAGUCAGUUGGCCACUCAUCAGAUGGUUACGUGGUAUUCCGUGAUGCCCACGAGAUGUGCGGGUCAGGUUCGGAAGUGACGUAGUGAGCCAUGACCUUUUUAGUUACUGAACUUCUCAUAAGUUUUUUACUAUUAAACUUUACUGUACAUAUAAGAUAUUUUUCCAAAAAAAUAGAAAGUGUGAUGAUGGA